AUGGCAGAAGCAUCUCCAGAUUCUAUCACAUCGUUACCAUGUCAUUUGAAAGGUGUGACCAAAGUCUGUUUCUCACCUGACGGAUCAACGAUAUUCACUGGAGGUUCAGAUUGUCUAGUAAGGAUACAUAAAGCCGAUAACCCAGAUUCUGAACCUGGAUUUCACGAUAAUCAUACCGAUGCAGUAACUUCCUUGACCUGUUCAAGAACCAACUUGAUAACAGCAUCGGAAGAUAACAUAGCGCGGAUAUUUUCUUAUCCUCAAAAUGAAUUUGAAGGCUUUCUGACUAGAUCUUCUGGAGUUCCGAUACGAUGGGUUAGUGUAGAUAAUUCAGGUGAAAGAGUUGCUGUUUGUAGCGAUGAUUUACUAGUCAAGAUCGUAAAUGUAAAAGAUACAAGUAGAGUGUCAUUACUAUCAGAUAAUAACAAAUCGGUUAGAUCAGCAACAUGGGAUCCAUCUGGAAAGUACCUCACCACAGCAUCAUGCGACGGGAAAAUAAAAGUUUACGACACGACUGGCUCAGCACCGAUUUGCUUGAAGAUCAUGGAAGGUGUUAUCGGUUCUAGCGAGUCUGAGUCCAGCACAUCAUGCUAUGCUCAAUGGCACCCCUCAGGAAACUACUUUGCUGUGCCAACGAGAACAAAUGAUAUUGGUAUCAUAAGUAGAGAAGGAUGGAGCAAACAAACCACCUUCACGCAUGAUGGCCCUAAAUCUCCCAUCGGGGAACUCGCUUGGUCACCUAAUGGAAAAUAUCUCGCAUCUUCUUCAUCUACAACAAUCUAUAUAUGGUCCACCGAUUCACGUCAAGUAAUAGCAAAGCAUAACAAUCUUGAUGGAGCUAUCUCUGGGCUCUGCUUCUCACCGACAACCAAUCUCAUAGCGUAUACCUCAUUGGAUGGAUCAUUCUGCCGAUGGACGAAGCCCAUUCCUGCGGAUUUACCUAAUCCGUUCACAUCGGAAAAGGAGGAAGCUAAGAAUCUGGAUAAAUUGUUAGAUGACGAGUUUGGAGAUGACCUAGAGAUGGAUAUGGAAGAAAAAGGUGAAGAUUUGGAUGAUGCAGAACGUGAUACAUUCGGUGAUGAUGGUUGGAUAGUGGAUGAUGAUGGUGGUUAUGGAAAAGAUGAUGACGAGAGGAAAUGGACCAGUGGAAGAACAGAAGUUGUCAAUGUCACAAAGGCUCAAUCGUCAUUUACACCUGGAAGUACAGAAUUCAAGAAUAAGAAGAGAUACUUGGCAUUCAACAUGAUCGGUGUUAUUGACGUGACGGAUCAAGAAACGCAUAACGUAGUCAACGUGGAAUUCCACGAUAAAUCCGCUAGGAGAGGUUAUCAUUUCCAAGAUCACAACAAGUAUGCUAUCGCUUCAUUAGGUGAACAAGGGAUCGUAUAUGCUUCAACAUUUGAAGCAGAAUCGCCUUCAAGCGUAUACUACAGGCCAUACGAUUCAUGGGCGUCGCAAUCGGAUUGGUCGAUCUCUCUGCCACAAGGGGAAGAAGCGCUUGCCGUCGCAGCUGGAGGAGGAUCAAGUGCAGAAGGUGGAUUAGGUAGUGUGAUAAUAGCUACAAGUAAGGGAUAUGUUAGAUUCUUGACUGCUAGUGGAUUACAAAGAUACAUCUGGAGAUUAGGUGAAGAAGUGAUCUCAAUAGCCGCUGGACGAGAUAAAGUGAUCGUGGUCCACAGAGAAGGUGGAACCAGUUUGGAUGGAUGUCAGAAUUUGAGGUACUCAUUGAUGGAUCUGGACACUUUCGAAAUAUUGCAAGAAGGGCGAGUACCGCUACCCAAAAAAGUAACGUUAAAAUGGCUUGGAUUCACUUCGGAAGGCGUUCCAGCAAUAUACGACUCGGCAGGAUUGCUUUCCGUUCUUGAUAGACACAGACGACCAGGUCAAGCUAGAUGGAUACCGCUUCUGGAUACUUUGUCUUUGCGCAAAGAAGGCAAACAGGAGAAUUACUGGCCUGUCGGGAUGACAGCGACCCAUUUCUCUUGUGUUAUACUGAAGGGAUCGGAGAAAGAACCCUGGUUCCCCCGACCGCUAAUACAAGAGAUCGAAAUGCAUAUGCCACUUCUGAAUAUGGAUAACCAGCAAGGCAAACUUGAAGAAAGUCUCGUACGAGGACAUCUUGUUCUCUCUACGCUGACGGAUUCAGUCGAUCCAGACUCCGAAUCCCUGAUCAAAGAAAAGGAAGUUGCUCUCGACAAAGAAUACCUUCAACUCGUUCAAAUAGCGUGUAAAGCGGACAACCUCCAACGCGCGUUAGACGUCGUCAGACUCAUGCAUAACUCGGGUACAAUAGAAGCCGCAGCAAAAGUGGCUGCUUUCUAUCAUUUACCAGGCUUACAAGAGCGAAUCGUCUCUGUCAAAACCGAAAAGGAAAGAAGAAAAAGGGAGAGAAAAUCUAAACCUAGAAUACCUGAAUAUGUCCCUGUAGCUUCGUCAAGCAACCACCACGGAUCCUCCUCAGCGAAAGGCUUCACGAGUGAUUUCGCUCCUCGUCCUAAUGGAACAAGAAGAUCAUUCGGAGGUGUAAAUAGAGAUGCUACACCUGUAUCUUCAGUACCUCCAGAUACAUACAUACCGGAAACACCUGGAAACGAAGAGGAGUCAACACCAGCACCAGACUUAGAUCAUGAAUCAGUUUCACCUAUAGCGAAAAGAAGGAAAUUGGAAGAAAGUCAUCAGGAUGAAAAUAGUUUCGCGGUUCCUCGACCCAAAAAGAAGGUUGACGAAUUCCCAUUUCCACCACCGAACGCAGCACCGAAAAAUCCGUUCGCGAAGAAAGCAGUAGGAUCAAACCCUUUCGCUAAACCUUCAGGUGGUACAGGUAAACAACUAGAGAAUAUCAAAUCUACAAGUUUCUUUGAAAGAGUCGAUGACAUAAAUUCCAGUGGAAUAUCCAAGUCUUCCACUAAAUCCAAGCCUAUACCCAAGACAAAAGGAAAAGAAGCCAACGGUAAACAAACUACCUUGUUUGGAGCUGGAGUCACCAAAAGACCCGCACCAAAGACAACGGCUGACUCUUUCGUGUCCACCGAAACUGAAGGUGAUGAAGAGGAGACACAAAGGGAUGAGGAAGAAGACGAGAGAACAACGGGGAUAUUGGAGGAAAGUAAUGUACAAGAGACUAUGAGUCCUGACGAGAUGGAAGUGGAGUAG